AUGGAAAAAAUAGGUCAUUGGUAUUUCUAUUAUAGAGAAGGUAGCCUAAAUCCUUUUGUGAAGAUGUAAUUUAAUUAUUCUAUUUUAAUUUUAGUGGUGGAUGUUCUUACUUAGAAGAUGUGAAAAAUGUAAAUGGGUUAAAUUGAGUGAUGGAUUUUAUUGGUAUUUAAAUUUUGAGAAUUAAUAUAUUAGUUUAAGUUAAGUCCUUUAUAAAGGAGAAUAUAAGAAUGGUCGAAAAAUUGGGGUAUGGGAUAUCGAUUACAAAUAAUGGAAUAAGAAGCUUUGGGAAUUAAUGAUAGCUCAUAAAUUAUCUAUAUAGCGGAAGUCGAGCAUAUGACAAUUAAGGUUUAAGCAUGGCAAAUGGAUAUAUUUCAAUGAU